AUGGUGGCGGCGGCGGCCGCGCCGUGCGCCCGCCGGCUGGCUCGGCGCUCGCACUCGGCGCUGCUGCUGGCGCUCACCGUCCUGCUGGUGCAGACGCUGCUGGUCUGGAAUUUCAGCAGCCUCGACGCGGCCGACGAGCAGCAGCAGCAGCAGCGGCGGCGGCCGGAGCAGCAGCAGCCGCCGCCGCCGCGGAGAGGCGCCCUCGCCGGCGGCAGCAGGAGCGGCCACAGCAGCAGCAGCAGCCGGCGGCGGGAGAAGCGCGACCUGGAGAGCCGCGACGGCCCCCGCUCGCCGCAGCCCCGCCGAGCAGCCGGCGGCGCGUUCCGCGGCAAGGCGCUGGAUCAGCCUCUGAACCCUUACAAAGGCUUUGAAGCUCAGGAUGGCUACUUUUCCCACCGGCCAAAGGAGAAGACGCGGACAGAUAGCAACAAUGAGAACUCUGUCCCCAAGGACUUUGAAAAUAUCGACAACAGCAAUUUUGCUCCCCGGACACAGAAGCAGAAGCACCAUCCAGAACUGGUGAAAAAGCCCGUCAGCGCACAGAAGGAGCGCUUACGGAGAAAACUAGAACAGGAGGAGAAAGCUAAGGAGAACACCCUCCUUGGGAAGAACCCCAACGAACGGCUGCCAUUGGACAAUUCUGCCCCCAAGCCCAGCAACAAUGGCAACCAUCUGAAAGACAUCCAGAAGUCCCCCCGACAGCCUCCUACGAAACGGGGUGGGAACAGCUCUCCUGAGCUCGGAUACGAUCAGCUGCCCAAAUGUGACAUCUCGGGCAAAGAGGCCCUCUCGGCCUUAUCCAGGGCCAAGUCAAAGCAGUGUCGGCACAACAUUGCCGAGACCUACUGUCAGCACAAGCAAGGGAAGCUGAUGCCCGAGCAGGUGACUCGUUUCUGCCCGCUGGAAGGAAAAGCCAAUAACAAUCUCCAGUGGGACGAGGACUCCAUAGAAUAUAUGCCAGCUGACCCAGUCAGGAUUGCUUUUGUCCUGGUUGUCCAUGGCAGAGCUUCUCGACAGCUGAUGCGCAUGUUUAAGGCUAUAUACCAUCAGGAUCAUUUUUAUUACAUCCAUGUUGACAAGCGCUCUGAUUAUUUACAUCGGCAAGUGCUCCAAUUUGCAAGCCAGUAUCCAAAUGUGAGGGUCACCUCUUGGCGCAUGGCAACCAUCUGGGGAGGAGCUAGUCUUCUGUCCACCUACCUGCAGAGCAUGCAAGACCUCUUGGAGAUGAAGGACUGGCAGUGGGACUUCUUCAUUAACCUCAGUGCUGCGGACUACCCUAUCAGGACAAAUGACCAGCUUGUCGCAUUCCUGUCAAGAUACCGCAACAUGAACUUCUUGAAGUCACAUGGAAGAGACAACGCAAGGUUUAUUAGGAAACAAGGCCUCGACAGGCUGUUUCUGGAAUGUGAUACGCACAUGUGGCGACUUGGGGACCGGAAAAUUCCAGAAGGAAUCACUGUAGAUGGUGGCUCAGACUGGUUUCUGCUGAACAGGAAGUUUGUGGAAUACAUCACGUUUUCAACUGAUGACCUGGUGACCAAGAUGAAAAGGUUCUAUUCCUUUACUCUCCUUCCUGCUGAGUCUUUCUUCCACACCGUCUUGGAAAACAGUCCUCAUUGUGACUCCAUGGUGGACAAUAACCUGCGUAUCACAAACUGGAACCGAAAGCUGGGGUGCAAAUGUCAGUACAAGAAUAUUGUGGAUUGGUGUGGUUGUUCUCCCAAUGACUUCAAGCCAUCUGAUUUUCACCGGUUCCAGCAAACAGCAAGACCAACCUUCUUUGCACGCAAGUUUGAGGCGGUUGUGAACCAGGAAGUCAUUGCUCAGUUGGAUUAUUACCUCUAUGGUAACUAUCCAUCUGGUACCCCGGGCCUUCGAUCAUACUGGGAGAAUGUGUACGAUGAACCAGACGGGAUCCACAGCAUUAGUGAUGUGGCACUAACCCUCUACCACUCAUUUUCCCGUUUGGGCUUGAAGAGAGCAGAAACGUCCUUCCAUACGGACAGUGACAACAGUUGCCGCUACUACCCAAUGGGCCAUCCAGUUUCUGUCCACCUCUAUUUUCUCGCAGAUCAUUUCCAGGGCUUCCUCAUCAGGCACCACACUACCAAUUUGGCCGCCAGUAAGCUGGAGACGUUAGAAACAUGGGUUAUGCCUAAGAAGGUGUUCAAGAUUGCAAGCCCCCCGAGUGAUUUUGGAAGGCUUCAGUUCUUGGAGGUUGGAACAGACUGGGAUGCUAAAGAGAGGAUAUUCCGGAAUUUUGGAGGCCUUAUUGCCCCGGCGGACGAGCCUGUGGGGAUGCAGAAGUGGGCAAAGGGUCCCAAUGUCACCGUGACAGUCAUCUGGAUAGACCCCGUCAACAUCAUUGCCGCCACCUACGAUAUCCUUAUCGAAUCCAGCGCCGAGUUCACGCAUUACAAGCCGCCUCUGAAUUUACCCCUCCGGCCAGGAGUUUGGACGGUUAAAAUCCUGCAUCGUUGGGUCCCUGUGGCUGAAACCAAAUUCCUGGUCUCCCCUCUGACGUUUUUGAACAAGCAAGCCAUCAGACAAGAAGAUGCCUCGAAGCUGCAUGGUGGACCUCCGAAGAACGCCUACAUGGAGCAGAGCUUCCAAGGGCUGAACCCAGUGCUUAACCUCCCAAUCAGCACCGGGCAAGUGGAGCAGGUGAAGAAGAAUGCCGCAUUGACAGGCACCAAGCUGGAGAGCUGGGUAGACAGUUUGGUGGGAAGCGUGUGGUCGGCAGUCGAUGUCUGUAGUAUAGGCCCAUCCUCCUGUCCAGUCAUGCAGACCUGCAGCCAAACAUCUUGGAGUUCUCUCAGUCCUGACCCAAAGUCCGAGUUGGGCCCCGUGAAACCAGAUGGACGUUUGAGGUAGCACCUGGUACACCUUUCACUGGCUUUAAAAGGGAACCUGAGCUUUCUGCUCUCGCGAUAUUUUUUGACAAGGUUGGCACAGCUAGCAAGUGAGUUGCGGGGGGUCUUUAAGAAAGCCUACAAAUCGAUGUUCAAGAAGGGGCUGAAAAUCCCAGCCUCUUUCACUGAACAGUUUUCCCUUUUCAAGGGUUUGGAUGUUGGGAACAGACAGGAAAGGAGGAAACCAAUUGUAUGAAACAUCUGAAGUUUCUAAAUGGGGGCAGCAUAUUUUCAACUCUUGGCUAAUUUAUUUCUCACUCUUACACACCAAAUAUGUUAUAUCCCGGCUGUUCUUUUUUCACAGUUUCCUGAAAGUCCUAGCAAAGCAGCUCAGGCACAAAUGCUAAACUUGCCCUUUUUUUCCAGUUGUCCUCAUUUUUCCAAACAUCCCCUUUGACAUCUCACAAAAGCAUUGAUAUUGUCACUCCACCUAGCCAAGCCUUCAAGGUUAUAAUACUGAAUCAACAGAUGGUAUAAUAUGGAGUAUUAAUUUAACUCUCUCAUGCAAAUAAAGAUUCCAUGUUUGAUCUUCCAGAUGAGCUAACAAUGGCGCAAGACUUCUCUCUAGACUACCAUUCAAAAUGGCUGCUUUCCCAAACAGGCAUAGCUAGGGAGUCAGCUCAAAGGAGAAAGUCAUGUAAAAAUCCCUACACUGAAUCUUCCACAUCCCCAGAUCAGACUGGAAAAUAGUUUGCCAGAAAUCCAGAGAAAUUCCUUCUAAAGCAUGUCAAUAAUGCAACACUAGACUGUUACUACCUAAAUCUCACUAUUGCCUCCUUUUUUUGGUGGGGUGGUGGCUCAGAAAGUAACAAUUAUCCCCCUGGUUCUGAUGGCUAUUAGCGAUGGGUGAUGCUCAAGAGCCUUGUUCAGACAAGAUCCUUGACCAGGUCAGAUCAAGUGACUCAGUUCAUAACAUGCUAAGCUUGUUAGUUUUUAGCUUGGCUAAUUUGUUUCUGGCUGGGAUGUGGUGGGCCCCCAACCUGUUUGGUUAGCGGGUGGUUCCAUCUUUUGCGAACAGCUGGAAAUGGGUUAUUUCAACAGCCAGAUUAAUUGUGUUGGAUGAACACAGCCAAACUGAAACUAGAUGGGAUGGCACCAGCCAGCUCAAGCUGUUUCUUAUUUCUGCAAUGCACAGCCAGCAGGAAGAAUAUGUCACAUGCUCAGUAGAGUGGCAGGUUGGAAAGAAAUCUUCCUUUGACACCCCCCCCCCAAAUGUUUGAUUUUGAGCUCUUGUUCAGUGCCCCAUAAAGGGAGGAGAAAGUGCAUUUUAAAACGUUCCGUCAGGGGAAGUGAUAGCAGGAAAAAAAAUUAGCUAUCUGCUGCUCUACCACAGCAUUCCAUUUCUGGAAAAAGGUGGAAAAGGCUGGCUUUGUUUUCAAGAAGACUUCUCCUAGACAAGACCAAGAAGCAUCCACAUUAAAUCCAGUUUUGUGUUGAUUCUUUAACUUUUUGCAGGCUCCAAGUCCUGUUUUAGGUUUGGGAGCUUAGUCUGAGAGUGCAUAAAGCAAAAUUCUAUUCAUGAUUAAAUGACAUUGUCCUCGCUGAUUUCUAGUUAAUUACUUUGGUCCAGGUUGCACCCAGACAACAGAGAGACAGAUGUUGCUGUGCACAGACUCACACUUUCAUUUGGGUCUUCAGUUCACACCCACUGGAUUCUGAUGAUGGUCCAGCUCUGGGAUAAAGUCUGUUAUUUUAACAAAAGCUGGUUUUCUCCUUUUUUGCCCCUUCCCUCAAUUUUGGACCCAGCUCAUAUUUAAAGACCAUGAAAAGAGCAGAAGGUCUGCGAAGAUAACCAAGGGACAAGGGGGGCGGGGUGGGGGGAAUCUGGCUUCCCUUAAAAUGAGCACUGCGAUGUCAAACCCGAAAUCCAGAUGGCUUGCUUGUGAAUUUCCCACCGUCCUCUUUGGUUUAAAGCUACUCCAGUUUGCUUUGGACUUUUGAAAUUGCAGUGUCAGCUCUGCUGUCGUAAAGGCGGAGCAUUAAAUAUUUAGCUGGCACAAAAGAAAGGCUGCCUUGGAGAAGAUGAUGUUAGGUAUUUAUUUGUGUUUUAGUCAAUGACUAAUUGUAGGGUGCUGCUUGCGCAGCUUGGAGAUGAUCUUAUCUUGCUAACUAAAGCUGCCUUUAUUGAGGAAAGGCCUUUAAAACAAAAGAAAAUGGUCUCGUUUUCCUUCCUUUCCUUUCCGCUUCCUCGAUUUUGGCUUUUGUUAAGUCUUCUGCCCCCGAUACUUACAAUAGUAACUAAAGCUGAGGCUGCCAAAUGUAGGAACUGCAUCAUCUCCAGUCUGUACAGUCAGAAAUGUUAGGACGUCUGUUCCAGCCUCCAGGAGAGUCCCAAGAUCAGGGAAUAUUUUACUCAAGGUUGAAGUUGCUCAAAGUGAGAAGAAAACUCUUCCAUCAGAAACCAUCCAACCAAAUGUAUCCACUGCUGGGCUUCAUAAGGGUAUCUCCAUUCAGCCAUCCGCAUCUGUUACAAGACAACACAUGUCCUAGAAGACAUCUCCCAUAAGUCUUCCAUAGAUAGCGUUUCUCUGCCCCAGAUGGAGAAACAUCUAGAUUUCUGCUGAAGAUCAGAUGAUGGCAGUAGAUGACCUUUAUUCUGGCCCAGUAGGCCCAGCAUUCUCAUUCUAAAGGACAAAUAAGUUUCAUCCCAACAUUCCAUUAUGCUGUUUGUGUUUUAUAUGCACAUUUUGGUCUAUUGCAAGGAAUGUUUGUUGAAGGAAGCAAAACAUGGUUCGGUAUAAAAGCAAGCUUUUGACCGCUUUGUGAUACAGAAAUGGACAGUUGGGUAUGUCAGGACAGUAGGUUGAAUGCAGCGAGAAUGGGAUAUUUAAGACGGGUGUGUGGUAAAACAAGAAUGACCGGGUGGUGAAUGAAUGUAAAUUGAAUAUAAGUGAAUGAGUGACCAAUGUGAUCAGCUUUGGUCAUCUAGAGAGAAUGAAUAACUACUGAGUUGCUAGAACAAAUACAUAAGGAAGACUGGAUGGAUCAAGAAGACAGGGAAGACUGCAAAAGUCACAGUUGGAUGGAGCAGUUGAGAUCCUGUAAAAAAAGAGGCAUGAGAAGGUUAAAGAACAAAAAGCAAUAUAUGAAGCAGUGUAUGGAUGUAAUAGACGCAAGGGUGAUUUUCAAAGGUAGAAGGUAUGAGGUAUACUGGAUGGUGUUGGUAUAAACUACUUUUAGUGAUUUGAGUGCUGAUGAAGGCAAGCAUCACUUCCUUGCUGUCCCUCCAUCACCACGUGGGGCUGGGAUAUCAUAAUUAAGUCAAGGUCCUUGAGUUGGAAAGAGACUGUAGGACUCAUCUGGUCUUAGUCCAGACUUCCACAAUCUUGGAUGUCGUCCAGAUGGAUGGAUUUCCAUUCCCAGGGCAACGCCGGCUGGCUGAAGAAUUCUGAGAGUUGAAGUCCACCUCUCUGGAGGGCACAGAGGUUGGGGGAGGCUAUUGUAACUGUUUUCAGCAGAAUGAUCUGCUUCAGAUGGCAGCGAAGAAGAGGUUCACUGCAUGUCACCACCACCUAGAAUUUGCUGCCUACACAAGGUUCCUCAUGAGAUUAUGAGCCAGAAAGUUUGCGUGGAUCUUACAUUCCUUUCCAGAUCUGAAAUCUAAGAAAUUCUAUUGUACAAUAUGGGUCUACUCUACUCCAGUCAGUGCCUUCCAGAUAUGCCUUCCCAGCCAGGCUGGGGUCACAGACCUACACAUCCAGAGGACACACCAAGUGGUCAAGACUGAGCAUGUCUUACCCAUGCUUUUAAAAGAGGGAUCUGGCCCCAGACAGAGUUGGCCUGUAGUUCCCAUGAGCUCCAGCAUAGCCAGUAACCAGGGAUGGUGGGAGUGGUCAUCUAUCCACACCUAAUGGCCCCAAGUUUGUCCCCACUGGCUUUUAGGAAGCCUGCUUACCCAUCUUCCAGGCUCUUGGAAUUGAUUGUGCAAACAAGGUAAAACUAGAUGGUUUGUGAAGGCCCUGUCAAGCAGCCAGAGUCUCACUGGCAGGUGCUAGUUGUCCCUUAAGGCCGCCUUGGUCAAACAUGAGCUUUACCCAUCUAAACAUGAGUCAGAAACUCUUCUGUUCUCACUUCCUGCCAUUCCCUGCCUAAAAGGGAGCCAGUGGCUUGAGAUUUAGCCAAGUGGAAUAUAUCAGACGAUAGCAGGAUACACUGAAGUAGGAAAGAAUUUUGUCGUCCUUUGCUCUUCCUGGAUUCGGAAGCAUUUUUAUUUUGCAAAAUUCAGCCAUUGGAAGCAAUUGGGAGGCCAAAGUUCUUGACCAAAGUAGGUGCUGUAACUGGGUUUGGGUACUAAUUUCCAUUAUGGUCCUGCAAGGCAUCCUGGCAAUUUCCCAUGCCGACAAACUCCCGUUUCAGUCUGUCCUGUCUGUUUUUACUGCUUCUGCCUUUGUUUUCUUCUUUUGCUCACGGGUGCUACCAAAGGUACUACCUCACUGAUAAUUAAAGAUUAUGUUCAUUUGAGGAACAGAAAACCGGAAAGGUGGGGGGGAAUCUCUUUUGAGUUGAAUGUACAAUCUAUGCAAAUCCUCUCUCUAUCUCUCUCUCUCUCUCCCCCUCUCCCUCUCCCUCUCUCUUUUUCUCUAUUU